CACCCGCAACCCAAACCCCGUCCACACCCACGAACCCGCAUCCUACCAUCACAAUGGCAUUCGCGUGGAAAGCCGCCGGUCUCACCUACAACCGCUACAUUGCCGUCGCAUCGCGCGUCGUGCGCCGCUCGCUCAAGGAGGACAAGCGCAUCGCUGCCGAGCGAAGGGGCGAGAGCGAACUCCGCUUCGCCAAGUGGGAGAACGGCAAGCAGGGCGAGAUGAAGGACCUCAACGCUGCGGCGCUCCAGGCACAGGCCGAUGCCACCAAGACCUCGUAAAGCAAUUGAGAGAAAGGACAUGGCAUAGACACGAUUGAGUGGCAUGAACAACUGAGGAGAGAUGACGCUAGGGAAGGAUAGACGUAUAUUCUGUACUAUCAAGCUGGAGCCGAAUCAAAGCCAAUGCACACCAACAAUUGAGCCGACAUUCACUCUCUCCA